UGUCUUUGAGUAAAAUAACUUAUCAAACUCCUGUAACCCAUAACAUUACAUAAAACGCGGAUGGACUGGUCUCAUAAAGCUAUAAAGGAUAACUUUGCAUGGCUAUAUUUAUAGAGGGUAAAUAAACAAGGGAUAUUCUGUGGUUGGACAAACUUUGGCCCCUAGUGUGGCGCCUUAUCGGUGAGCCUUGAGUUAUCUCAGCAUGAAAACAAAUAGCUUAUCUAUUAAACUCCGGGCAACGCACUGUGCAAACACUGCGUCAGAAGAGCACUGUAGGUGGAAGAUGUGCCUAUCCCACUUGACUGACUGACUGACUGUCAGUAUCCCUCCACGGCCGCCAUGGGACUGCGAGGAUCCAAACAACCAGAAGUCCAAGUUCUCCUCCUGGGCCUGGACAACGCUGGGAAAUCCACUCUUCUUUACAAGCUGAAACACAACGCGUGCGUGGGCACCGUGCCCACCAUUGGCUUCAACGUGGAAAUGUUCGAGGCGAAAAAGAACAGGAAGAACAUCGCCUUGACCGUGUGGGACGUCGGUGGUCAGGGGAAGAUGCGCGAGUACUGGAAGAGUUUCCACCAGGACGCAGCAGCCGUCGUGUUUGUGGUGGACAGCUCGGACAAGGAGCGUCUGGAGGAGGCGCGGAGGGAGCUGGAGAACACCCUGAGGAGCGAGCAGCUGCGGGGCCGUCCGCUCAUCCUGCUCGCCAACAAACAGGACGUGAGCGGCGCGCUGACCGUCACCGAGAUCAAGGACUUGUUUAACCUGCGGAGGAGUUGCGCAGCCCGGGAUUGGUUCGUCCAGCCGUGUUCCGCGUCGACGGGAGUCGGAGUUGAAGAGGCCUUCAAACGAGUGGUCCAAAUGGUCAAACUCCCAUCAGACACUGCGGCGAUGAAAGAAAAUAUCAAGGAAACAGUGCACUACCUCAAAGCCAGUACCAGACAUUAAGUUUUAUUUAUAUGAAAUGUGUUAUUUUCCAAAAAAA